AUGGACACCGCUUGUCGGCACUCAAGGGAUGUUCAAAUCAGUCUAGAGCAUUGUAUGACAGAUCUUGAAUACGCUGAUGAUGUAGUCCUGUUUGCUAACAAUUAUGACGAAAUGCAGGUAAUGCUAAAUAAUGUGUCAGAAACUGCAGCAAAAAUAGGCUCAGAGUCAACAAAUGUCGAGGAAAUACCCGAUUUUAAAUACCUUGGGUCAACUCUAGUACCAAAUGACCAGGCAAAAGAUGAUAUUAUAGCCCGGAUUACGGCAGCUAAAAAUGCGUUUUUCCGGUUGACGAAACCUUUGUGUAGGCAUCGUGAAAUUACCAUUAACACAAAAGACUGGAGUGAUACUGUCAGGAAAGAUCUUGAACAUAUAGGCGGACCUGCAAUGUAUGGACUUAGACGAUGGAAAAAGUUAACAUCAGACGGCGCCUUUGGAAGUUUCUUACCCUUGUAG